AUGGCUGAACGUAUAUCCAUUUUGAUGUGCAUAGGCACAUAAUACAUUUGUCGAACUUAAUUAGUGCUUAACAUCAGUAUUAUAAGUCAUUACUCGAAAUACCAGAUCAUCAACAAGCUGUACACAUGGACUUUUAAUUUCAAAUUCUGUGUUUCAGUUUGCACCACCCCCCAUCGAGAGAGUGGAUCAAUCCGUAUAUUCUCCGAAGCACGCACGCCGUAGGCAUGGGACAAUUUUGCAGAUUUUUGUGUUAGCCAGCUAGGCCCAUGCAAAUUGUAAGGGCAACAUACAGUUUAAAUAGCCAUUUAAUAAAAAAAUGGUCAUACAAUUCCAUUAAUAAAGCAUACGUUUGUAUCAGCAUGCAAUAGCGUCCUAUUAUGUCGGCGACAAGCACUACUGGCUGCUGGCGCUGCCUGGAUGAAUAAGGAGGGGUUGAAGCGUCCUGAUGAAAUCUUCAAUAGAGCUUUCAGCAACUCAAUGAUCGUAUUGGCAUACAUAGGCACCACAUCCAAGACAUCCAUCCUCCCUCUGUGCCUCCGUCCUGUCCUCUGUGGGGUUGUAAAUGAGCCGGGGCUGUGAGAAGUCCUCCUCCCGACCCCCUCAGCCACUGCUACCUGCGCUCAAGCCCUUACUGCUAAGGUGGAACCGGCUGGAGAACGACAGGUCUGGAUUGAGGCUCAGAUGAUCCAGCCAGCUUUCAGACGAGUAUUAUAGCAGACAGGGAAGAGUAAGUAAGGUCUCUGGAGGGCUCCAGUGGCCGUAAGGCCCCGACGAGUCUGGAAGAGAGCCCUGCUCCCCCUUUUGAUUCUCCAGCCCUUGAGAUGCCCUCUCUCCCCAAUAAUGGAGAGGAUCAAGCUGCGCCCCCCAUGAGCAGGCCAUCGCCUGGUCCUUACCAGUGCAGCGGCAGGAGGAAGAUCCACACCAAGAAGAAGAAGGGCACCAUCAACGCUAACAUGGCAGGCACCAAAUACGAAAUUGUGCGUAUAGCCAUAAGUGAAAUGGCCUUUCUGAAAACCAGGGAUGAGGAUGAAACAGCCAACCUCAUCUGGAAUGACUCUGCUGUGCAGCAUGAGAAGAUCGCUGAACUCAGGAACUAUCAGAGAAUUAACCAUUUUCCCGGAAUGGGCGAGAUUUGCCGCAAAGACUGCUUGGCAAGGAACAUGUCCAAAAUGAUAAAGUGCCAGCCUCAGGAAUACAGCUUUGUUCCCAAAACAUGGAUCUUCCCGGCGGAGUACACCCAGUUCCAGAACUACGUGAAGGAGCUGCGGAGGAAACGCAAGCAGAAAACGUUCAUCGUGAAGCCCGCCAAUGGAGCCAUGGGUCACGGAAUCUCACUGAUUCGGAACUGUGAAAAGCUCCCUACCCAGGAUCACUUCAUUGUUCAGGAGUAUUUGGACAAGCCCUUUCUAAUGGAGGGUUACAAGUUUGACCUGAGGAUCUACAUCCUGGUUACUUCCUGCGACCCCCUGCGCAUUUUCCUCUACAAUGACGGCUUGGUGAGGAUGGGCACCGAGAAGUACCACGCCCCCAGCGAUGCCAACCUGAGUCAGCUGUACAUGCACCUGACCAAUUACUCUGUAAACAAACACAACGAGAAUUUUGAGAGAGACGAGACGGCGGACAAAGGCAGUAAGAGGUCCAUCGGCUGGUUUACAGAGUUCCUCCGCACCAACGACUAUGAUGUAGCCAAGUUCUGGGGGGAUGUUUCCGAAUUGGUGGUGAAGACUCUGAUCGUGGCUGAGCCUCACGUCUUGCACGCUUAUCGCAUGUGUCGCCCCGGGCAACCACCAGGGAGCGACAGUGUCUGCUUCGAGGUGCUGGGCUUUGACAUCAUCCUGGACCGCAAACUCAAACCAUGGCUCCUAGAGAUCAAUCGAGCUCCGAGUUUUGGGACUGAUCAGAAGAUUGAUUACGAUGUGAAGAAAGGAGUUCUGCUCAAUGCUUUGAAACUGCUUAAUAUCAGAGCCAGCGAUAAGAAGCGUAACUUGGCCCAGCAAAAGGCAGAGGCCCAGAGACGCCUCUACGGCAAGGGCUCCAUGAAGAAGCUGUCUGCCGCCUCCUCCGACUGGGAGAAACAGCGGCACACGCUGGAAAGGAGGAAAGAGGAACUGAAGGAGAGACUGUCCCAGGUCCGUAAGCAGAUCUCGAGGGAGGAGCACGAGAAGCGACAUCUGGGGAACUACAGACGUAUUUACCCCCCAGAUGACAAGCUGCUGUUGGAGAAGUAUGAAAGCCUGCUCUCAGCUGCUUUUCAGACCUUCCUUGCUGGCCGAGCAGCCUCACUUCAAAAGGAAAUGAAUAAUCCUCUGAAACGAAUGAAGGAGGAGGACAUAUUGGAUCUCCUGGAGCAGUGUGAGCUGGACGACGAGAAGCUGACGGGCAAAUCCUCCAGGCAAAGAGGCCCUAAGCCCCUCUCCUCCAUGCCCGAGAGCGCCCUGACACCCAGGAAACAGCACGGCGGAGGAGACAGCGACAGCAACUCCAGCGCCAACAACAACAGCUCCUCUGGCUCCGAAGACGAGGAGGAGAGGAGGGAAGGGGAGAAGAGGGAGAAGAAGGUUUUGUACGACCUGGGAGACAACAAGGAUAAAUUGUCGUCAGAGCGCUCGGGUCGGGUACACUGGAAGUCUCCAAUGAAACCCCUCAAACCGGGUCCCUCCGCCUCCCCAACACUCUCUGGACCAAUCAGACGCUCCAUCUCAUGCCCGCGUUCUAUCUCCUCCCUCACUACCCAGUCGCCCACCAAUGAGGCACGGAUCUCCCUGGCCAAACACUCAGUUCCUUCGGCCACGCCCCUGGUGAGGCCAAACUCCGCCUCCCUACGCUCUCAUUCGCUCAGCCGCAGUGGCUCCGCCCACAGAGUGCCACACAGCAGCAGCCUGGGCACAAUCCACUCUAACAUGAGCGAGCCCAUGCUGAACCUGAGGACUAAGGAGCAGGACACUGAGCUGACAAGGCAGAGUUUGGCUGCCCUCAACACAAUGAGAAUACGCUUCCCCGGGAAGACAGAGGAGGAGGCCGAUGCCGUUCUGGACGAGAUACUAGACAACUGGAAAUACCACAAACCAAAGGUGGCCUCCUAUUGGCUGGUAAAGUUGGACUCUACCAAACAAAGUAAGGUUCUGGACAUUGUACGUACCAACGUGCGCUGUGCGCUGCAGAGGAUCUGGAGAGAGCCAGAUGUUGAGAGUUUACACCUGUACCGUCUCUUCAACCGCGUCUUCAACAGGCUGCUGUGGAGUCACGGCCAAGGCCUGUGGAACUGCUUUUCCAACACUGGGUCUUCGUGGGAGACCAUCUUCAGUAAGAGCAGUGAGAUGGUGACCCCCCAGCAGCUGCAGUGCUGUAAGAGGCUGGUGCAGCUCUGCCGACACUGUUUACUGGUCGUCUACAAGUUUGUUUCAGAGUCCAGGGGCUCCCUCACAGGCCUGAGUCCCGAAUGGGACGACACCAGGUAUCUGCUGCCAGUGACCUCCCAGUUCGUCAUGAAGUGGCCUUCGUCCAGCUUUGGUCGAGUGUCCUCGGCAGCCAUGCCCCGCUCGCGUAGCCUCUUCACCACCAGGAUGGGGCAGUUCUGAGGUGGUCACGCAUCUUGGACUGCACCUGACCCCUUACCAUACCCCCCACCCAUACCCCCCCCCCCCCCUCCCACGCGCCCCCACCAACCAUCCAACCAGCAGCAAACCAAGCACCACCCUCAACCCAGAUCCCUGCUGAGGUGAGAGGGCUGAACUUUGGACUCUGGACCUUGACCAAGGCCCUGGGGGCAGCCGAACAAGACCAGAGCAUAUGGGGGAGAUUAACAUCCGCGUCGAACUCCAGUCCAGUUUGGCUUUGACAAGCCCACUUUAUCUCAGAGAGUCCUGGCCCGGCCCAGCCCAGCUCAGUCCAGCCAUCCUACUUUACCCAUGAUUUGGGCCCCGCUCCUAUCAGUGUCAGACAGUAGGUCAGUUCCACUUGUAGGUUGACCUGCCGGCUCCUGAUUUUCUUAUUCCUCUCUAUCUUUUCCCCUGUGACCUGUUUUUCUCUCUUUCCUCUCUCUGCUUCUCUACAUAUCUUUUAUCCCCAAUCCCUUGUACCUGCUGUUGAAUACCUGCUCACUAAACAGUUAAAUGUCAUGGUACUGUAAAGGGGAAGAAACAAAUUACUUUACUCUACCAGGAUUGUUUUAAUUUAUUUUGUAAUAUAUUCCAUGAAUGCAGUGAAUGCAGUCCGCCAAAUGCAGAUGGAAUGAGAUUAACAAACUCCCUUCGCGAAAGUGGAAAAAAAUCUUAAAAAAACAACCAUAACAAAGCUUAUUUUUUCUGGUUAUCGCAAAUGCUAAAUAUUUUAUGGUGCUGUCGGUUAUUUAUUUAUUUAUGUAUUUAACUUAUUUCAGAUGCUUUAUUUUUUGUUUCAACAACCACCCUAUGUUUAAAUCAAUUUAGUCCAAUGUGCAGAGAAGUGCCGAGAGAAGCUUACUUAAAUAAACAUUAGCUGACUUUUUUUGUGUUGAACAUGAGCACACAUAGAUACCCAUGGAUACUCAAACUUUAACCUAAACCACCCUAAAAUUUCACACCUGGUGAAUUUGUUGACUUUGCACAUAUGAAGGUAAUUGAAAUUAGGCAGGCAGUUUAGAAGGUAAGAUACUUUUGCAUGCUUAAAUUAUAGUCCCUCACCCAGAAACAGUUUAUAGACAACUGAAUACAGGUAAUACUUGAAUUUUUUGUUAUUGUGUCAUAUAUUUCUUUAAAAAAAAAAAAAUGUUUUUAUAGAUACACUCACACAAGUCUGAAGUCUUAAUUACAUGUUUUGUAUCAUAAAACACAUGGCUUGUACAGCAAA